AAAAAAGGGGAAGAAAGAAAAAGCACCCUGAGAGCGGAGUCUAGGCUAGAAUUCCAAAGGAAGUUGAGGGCCUCCAGCUCAACACAGGAAACGCUCUUGGAGCAGGCCUUAAAUGCUAGAUUCCAGGCAGAGUUUAACUAACCACUGACAGCUCUGUAAACAAAGCCGGGACAAAAAGAGAACAGCUUUCCCUUUUCUGGUAGUCAUUUUUAGUUGGGGGGGCCUGCAGGAGAAUUCUCCUAUAUUUGUCUCGAUAGGAUAUAAACCAAAGCCUGAAAGGGUUUUGCGCAUAAAGGAACUAUAACGGAGCAAAUAUUUUAUGGAGUAAACCUACAAGAAGAAGUUCAGUCUGGUUUGGAGGAUUUAUCUGAACUUGAAUAUAUAUCAUGGACGACUUUGAACGUCGCAGAGAGCUUAGGAGACAAAAACGGGAGGAAAUGCGCCAGGAAACAGAGAGAUUAUCCUAUCAAAGAAAUGAUGAUGAUGAAGAAGAAGCUGCUCGAGAGCGACGCAGGCGGGCCCGUCAAGAAAGACUGAGGCAAAAAGAAGAGGAUGACAUAGGGCAAGGAAUUGAGAAAUCUGAAAUGAAUGCCCAAAAUAACAUUGCAGAAGGAGAGUCCAAACGUACUACUACAGAGACCACAACUGCUCAAGGUGAUGGAGAUGAUGACGCUGUGUUCCUGGAGAGGAUGGCACGGAGAGAGGAAAGACGUCAAAAGCGUCUUCAAGAAGCAUUGGAGCGCCAAAAGGAACUUGACCCAACCAUUACUGAUGAGACCAUAUCCUUCACAAGCAGAAAAGUGGUGAAUAAUAUGGAGGAAAAUGAGACCCCGGGAAAAGAAGAAAAGAUAGAAACCCACAGAAGACGCUAUGAGGUGGAGGAAACAGAAACCAUCACUGAGUCAUACCAGAGGAACAACUUGGAGCAGGAUGAGGAAGAUGAGAAGAAAGAUGAGAAAGACAAAGAAGAGGUGGAAGACCAGAAACCAAAGCCACAAGCCCUAGAGGAGAAUCAGGUAGAAUUAACAGUAGAGAAGGAGAAUGUAGACAAUGAGGAGGAAUCUGCAGUCUUGGAGGGAAAACAUUUUGAGGUAAAUGUGGAAGAGAACAGAUUAGACAAUGAUACCCAUGUCCUUGCCAGUUCAAAGGAGGUUCUCAGCGUGACAGUAGUCAUAAAUGAAAAUAAGGAGGAAGACAAUGAGGCAGAAAUGAACCAGAAACAAAUUGAGGAGAGAGAAAGGCUUGAGAGGGAAGAAAAGAAAAGAGCUCAGUAUGAGGAACAGAGGAAAGCAGAGGAAGAAAAAGAGAGAUUGGAAAUGGAGAAAAGAGAAGCUGAGGAGAAAGCAAAGAGGGAAGCUGAGGAAAAAGCAAAAAGGGAAGCUGAGGAAAAAGCAAAAAGGGAAGCUGAGGAAAAAGCAAAAAGGGAAGCUGAGGAAAAAGCAAAAAGGGAAGCUGAGGAGAAAGCAAGGCUUGAGGCAGAAGAGCAGGAGAGAGUGAAGGCAGAAGAACAACGGAAGGCUGAGGAGGAGAGAAAGAGGAUGGAGAAGGCAGAGGCAGAGAAGAAAAAAGCUGCCCAGGAGAAAGAAAGACGCGAGGCUGAGGAGAAGGAGAAGAGGAAGGCGGCUGAAGAGAAAAAAGCAGCCGAUGAACGAGAGAGGGUUAAGGAAAAAGAAAAAAGGGAGGCAGAGAGGGCCAAAGCUGAGGCUAAGAGGGUAGCUGAGGAAAAAACUAAGCUAGAAGAGGAGAGGUUAAAGGCCAAGCAAAAAGCUGAGGAGAAAAAGGUAGACCAGCUGAAAGGCAAGAAAGGGGACGAGAAGAAAAUAGAAGAGAAGCAGGUAAAAGAGAAGAAACUCCAAGAGGAAAAAAUCACAGCAGCUUCCGUCAGGAAACAGGGGGAAGAAAAUAAAGUGGAAGCUAAAAAGGAAAAGCUACAGGACAAGAAGCUUCAGCCAGCCUUCAGGAAAGAGGAGAUCAAAGAUAACAAACUGAACAGAGACAAAAUGCCCAAACAAGAGGCAAAAUCCAUCUGGGAUCGCAAGAAGGGAAUGCCGGAGUCCAAGCCACAAAAUGGAGAAUGCUUCCAAGAACUCCCUGCUCACAAGCUGAAGCACACAGAGCAUACUUUUGGCCGACCGGGGCUCAAAACCACGCCGGGAUCCGAAGACGCCAAGCCCCAGGUGGAAGCCGGCAAGAGAGUCGAGGAGUUGCGCCGCCGGCGGGGUGAAAAUGAGAGUGAAGAAUUUGAGAAGCUGAAGCAGAAGCAACAAGAGGCGGCGGUGGAACUGGAGGAGCUGAAGAAGAAGCGUGAAGAACGGAGGAAGAUUCUGGAAGACGAAGAACAGAGAAGGAAGAAAGACGAGGCCGAGAGGAAAGCUCGGGAAGAGGAGGAGAAAAGGCGGCUGAAGGAAGAAAUUGAGAGAAGAAGGGCAGAAGCCGCUGAGAAACGCCAGAAGAUGCCAGAUGAAGCCCAGGGUGAGGAGAAGAAGCCUUUCAAAUGUUUCACUCCAAAAGGUUCUGCUCUCAAGAUAGAAGAACGUGCAGAGUUCUUGAACAAAUCUGCCCAGAAGAGUGGCAUGAAACCUACUCACACGACUCCAAUUGUCUCCAAGAUAGACAGUAGGUUGGAACAAUAUACCAGCGCAAUUGAGGGCAACAAAGCUGCAAAGGCCGCCAAGCCAGCUGCCUCUGACCUCCCAGUUCCUGCUGAGGGAGUGCGCAACAUCAAGAGCAUGUGGGAGAAAGGCAAUGUGUUUUCAUCACCCUCUGGAAUGGGGACACCCAAUAAGGAAACAGCUGGGCUAAAGGUUGGAGUCUCCAGUCGCAUCAAUGAAUGGUUAACUAAGACCCCAGAAAGCAACAAAUCAGCUGCUUCAAAACCAUCAGACUUAAGACCUGGAGAUGUAUCUGGCAAACGCAACCUUUGGGAAAAGCAGUCGGUUGAGAAGACCCCUUCUCCAUCAAAGGUCACAGCAGCAGGAAGGAAGCUGGAGACCAAUGCAGGUUUGAGACAAUUUGAAAAGGAGCCUUAAGGAAGCCACCAAUUACGCUGGACCAAUUCGGUUUUCAAAAACAGAAGUGCUAAAUUUGUCCUCUUCUUUUUAUAUAUAUUUAUGUUUGUUUUUGUUGGUUUAUUGGGGGGGCGGGGGGUUGGCUACAUUAUCCCAGUUUUUAAGGAAACCAUGUAUAUUAGCACUGUAUUUAAUAUUCAGUCUUAAAACAUUUGUCUUAAUAGUAGUGCCUUGUAACAAGAGCCUUGUUCCUCAAAGAAAUCCAUGCUGUGAAAGAGAGACACUUCUACUGAAGAAGUCUAACAAACUGUGUGUCCAGACUAGAAACAUUCAACAUGUAGGAGAGGACAUCUGCUGUGCACACCUUCCACUUGUGAGUCCUAUCCCAAAUAGGUGAGGCAAACACAGGGCCAGGAUAGGCGGAACACAGGCUGGUCCAUUCACAAGCAAAGCACCUGAUCAGUGGGCCCUCAAGAGUCAAGGCAGAGUCAACCUCUUUGCUACUAUUGACUUAUUGUUGACUUGAGUGUAGAAAGGUUUGGUAUAAUUCUCUAAGCCUAUCGUGGUCCAUAGAACACUAUAUGAUAGGUUCACCAUCUUUGAUGGUCCACCACCUUUGAUAGAACGGUGGCCUUCCCUUUUGCGCUCCAGCAUUAUAUUACAGAUUAAGAGGAUGCCACGGAUGUUGUUGGUGGAGUGGCUAAUCCAUCACUUUCAUUUUGUUUGGGACAUACCUGUAAGUGGAGAGCAUCUUCUCCAUCCAUAAGGUCAUGUGCAAAGCCAAGGAGUCUUACUUUCCAUGAAAGGAAAGUAGAGGAGAUGCAAGGAUCCCACACAAAUAUCCUUCCCAUACCUAAGUGAGAUGAGCCCCAUUUUUUUUCCUUUCAGCACUUUAGAGUAAGGCAUGGAAGAAACAUGCUGAGUUGGCCAUUUCUUUCCGUAACUAGUCCAUAAUGAAUUAGCAUCAUCAAUACAACUUUCAUAGUUUGAAGUAGCAUUCCCCCGCUCCCUUUGGUAAGUUAUAGUUAAUACUUUGAAUUUGGACAAUGGCAAUCCGCAGUGGUACUGAUAAUGUAUCUCUCUCCUUUUUGUUUGUAUUUUUUUAAAAAAAUAGUUAACAGUUUUAGAAUAUAUACAUUUUGCUUUUCUAAAUGUUAUGUAUAAGGCACUACUAAUGAUAGAAGGCUUUUAAUACUUAUUUACUUCAUUUAGCUAUAAACGUACAUAACUAGCCAAUAUCACAACUUUUUUUUUUAAAAAAAAAGAAUACACACCUUUUAUAUUAAUAUUCCAUAAUUGCCAUUAGGGACAUGGCAAGAGAAGUAUUAGAUUUUGUUUUUUUAAAAAAAUAAUAAUAAGAUGAGCGAAUAAAAUUAUAGUUUUAAAGAGGGAAGAAAAAAAGUUUUAGGUCAUAGGUCACAUGUAUAAAACAAUAUAGCUAAUUUAUAUAGAACUACCAUAAUUACCACACAAGAAAUACAUGCACACGCGCUGUUGGGUAUCCUUUUUCCCCACUUUAUUGCACACUGAUUUUGCUUUUUAUCAGGUCUGUAUACAUGUCUCACAUUCUCGCUUUAGAAAAUAAAUAGGGCACCAUCCUUCCCAUUGCCAUACAAUUUUGUGCACAAGUAUAGUAGCCCUUGGCCCUAAGCCAGUUUUUGGAUUAUGCUACAGGUUUUCUGAAGAAAGAAGAAACAAGUGUCGGCUUAGCUCAGGGGUAGGCAACCUUGGCUCUUUUAUGACUCGUGGACUUCAAUUCCCAGAAUUCCUGAGCCAGCAUGGCUCAGCUUGGAAACUCCCGUUCCCUCAGCAUGGCUGGCUCAGGAAUUCUGGGAGUUGAAGUCCAUGAGUCAUAAAAGAGCCAAGGUUGCCUACCCCUGCCCUAGGUGCACUAACCAAGGAGGGCAGAGGGUCACUUUCUGUAGCCCAGCUGGUACCUUCCAGAUGCAUUGGAAAUCUGAGAAGUUACAAUCCCAACACAUCUGGAAAAUCACACGUUGGGAAGGGCUACUUGAUGCUCUUCAACCUUCUCCCUCCCUUCUCAAGAAGUCUAAAGCUAGAGAACAAGCACUUGCUGAAUUGCGGGCAAUGGGGAAGAAGGCUUCAUUUGAACCCAGAAGCCUCUCCAGAGAGGAUUAUCUGGUGUGCUUCAGUCACUUCACUCCAAGUCUUUAACAUCCAUAUUAUUUGACCUGUAUAUAGUAAACCAUAAAAGUUUUUUUUAAAGUAAGUUUGAAUUUACAAAUCACAUGAUGAUUAGGGUUCUUUUUUUUACAUCAUACUUUGGGUGGAGUGAAGUGAGCUUUAUUUAAAAUUUAUAGCCCACUCCAAAUGCGACAAUAGCUUGAGAAUGGUUAAUUUCUGUAUACAGGUUUACAUUUUUAUUGCAUCUGUUUGUCCUUUUUAGUUUUUUUUUUUUUUUUUUUAAGAUGGAAUAGCGGUAUCCAAGCUCCAUUGCUUUUGUGAAUCAUCAAGUUUACAUAAUUUCACGGGGGCUUACCGGCUGGAUCAGAAUCAUAAAAGAAGAAGUCUUGGGUCUGUUUGUGGUUUGGCUGUUUGUUUUUUUAAAUACACUUUGGAAUCCUUACAUCUGAAUACCUACCAUAAAACCAGUAUGCUGAAUUUGUAAUUCACAAUAAAUGGAGUUUGUCUGCCAGA